GGGCGGAGCUAGAGAAGGCCGCCCAGGCGGGCGUGUGGCCGCGGGUUUCGCACGGUCCAAUGAGGGCGGGCGGCGUGGCCGGGUCUGGUGGCGACGAUGACGCGCCUGCGCAGAGACGGCAGCACGACUGGGGUUGACUCCGGGGGCGCGGCGAGGAGAAACAUGAGGCUGAGCUGGGUCCUGACAGUAUUGUCCAUCUGCCUGAGUGCCCUGGUCACGGCCGCCGGGGCCGAGGGCAAACGGAAGCUGCAGAUCGGAGUCAAGAAACGGGUAGACCACUGUCCCAUCAAAUCACGCAAAGGGGACGUCCUGCACAUGCACUACACGGGUAAGCUGGAAGAUGGAACAGAGUUUGACAGCAGCCUGCCCCAGAACCAGCCCUUUGUCUUCUCCCUGGGCACGGGCCAGGUCAUCAAGGGCUGGGACCAGGGGCUCCUAGGGAUGUGUGAGGGGGAAAAGCGGAAGCUGGUGAUCCCGUCAGAGCUAGGGUACGGAGAGCGGGGAGCUCCCCCAAAGAUUCCAGGCGGUGCAACCUUGGUGUUCGAGGUGGAGCUGCUCAAAAUCGAGCGACGUUCAGAACUGUAGCCAAACUGGGGAGGGGUGGUGGAGAGGCCCCCAUCAGGGACCAGACUGUUUAAAGAAAGAAAAAAACUUAAAAGCCCA